GAGGCAAACUAUUUUAUUUUCUUUUAAUAGAAACAUGAGAAGAAAAUUUCGACACGCAUCUGCCCGUGACAAUCCCCUGCCGGCUUUCUUACACAGACAUAAACCUUCCGAAAUGACCAAACUACCCUCACCCAAUUCAACUUUCAAACCCGACAAACAAGGACACAACCGUCCACAACCCCCCUCUUUCUCUCUCUAAAACCAUUCCUAUAACUUCCAACUGCCGGCGAGCCUCCAGUUCUCCACUUCCAACUGAUUCCAACAAUCUCAAUCUUAGUUUAAAUUUCAUUUCGAAUUUGAAUUUCAUUUUGAGUUUGAAUUCGAAUUGUGUGUGUGUGUGUGUAUGGCGUCGUCGAAGGUGAUGGCGUCAUCAUCGCCUGCAAAUCAGGAUCUGCAACGUCAUAUCUCCGAUCACAACAACGGUUUAAUCUCGAUGAAUAUGGACGAUCUGUUAAAAAACAUCUACGACGGUUCACCUCCGGUGCCGGAGAAUUUCACCGCCGGUGAUGAUCCGGAGAUGACGCUAGAAGAUUUCCUCACAAAAGCCGGAGCUGUUAGAGAAGAAGAUGUUGUGAAAUUAUCUCCGGUGGUUGCAUCGGAAUAUUCCGGUGUUAUUGAUCCGGUUAUUUCUUCCGGUACGGUUGUUGGUGGUGCGUUUGCACAGCAGCAGCAGCAGCAGCGCAUGCAGUUUAACGGCGUUAGUAACGGCGGUGGGAGGGGGAAACGGAAGGUAGUGGUAGAAGAUCCGCCGGUUGAUAAGGCAACACAGCAGAAACAGAGGAGGAUGAUUAAGAACAGAGAAUCUGCUGCUAGGUCAAGAGAACGGAAGCAGGCUUAUACUGUGGAAUUGGAGAGUUUGGUGACUCAAUUGGAAGAGGAACAUGCAAGAUUGUUGAAAGAAGUGGAUGAACUGAAUAAAGAGAGGCUAAAGCAGUUAAUGGAGAACCUGAUGCCAGUUGCGGAGAAGAGAAGACCACCAAGACUUCUUCGAAGAACUAACUCCAUGUGAACGUGUGUAUGGUUUCUUAUUCUAAAUUAAACGUCUACAAACAAAGUUAAGGUAAAAACAAAGGUUCGACCUCUUGGUUCUAUGGUUCGCCUAUUGGUAAAGAAAGAGAGGUGAGAAAGAAGUAAGCAGGUUGUGACCUACUUUUCUGCUGUUCAUAGUUGUUAGGGGCCAAAGAUAGCAGCAACUCCUGAACCAUUAACUAAUUUACAUGUUACAAAUAUCUAAGGCCUUAGCAAUGUUUGUAUUUCAUGUGUUUAUACAAGGGAUUUAAUGCUCUUUGAAAUUAUUUAAUUUUAUAUUUAUUAUAAAAUAUUAUUUUGGGUAAA